AUGAAUGGACCUACUAUCAUUCGUGAUGAGGAUGGUGAGCUGCCCUUUCCGGAAGACCAGCACUACAACGCCGAUGGCAAGAACUUUCAGGUUACUCAGGCCUACGCCAAGGUUGGAAUCAACCCAACUGAUGGUCUCGUCUAUUUCAUUCACCGCCAAAGCCCCGAGGAUGCCGCUGGAGAACAUUGGAGACGCGGCAAGCCAACACACGAGGAGCUACCAGCGUUGAGAUCUAGUUCAGACAUUGCCUGGGGAAUGUGGAAUCGAGUUGCGUCUGGCUCGCAGAAGCUGAACUACUUCAUGGCUGUGUCAGUUAUCAAUCCGGAAACGCAGUACAUCAUGAAAUGCGCUCUCCAGCAGUACAACAUCGACGAAGUACCAGCAUGGCCAGGCAAAGACUUUGAGUUCGUUAUCAAGAACGCUAAGCCCAAGGAGUCAGACCUGCUGGAGAUGGAGGCCGCCCUCGCGCUUCUAGGCUCUUCCAAUGGUCUCGGUGCAGGUUACUUCAUCAUUCAACACAGGCGACAACUGGGCUGGAAAUACAUCUGGAAAGUGAAGAUAUGGAUGGCUGGUAAUGGCGUGUGGGCGAAUCCGAACAUCCUCUUCUACGUCUCCAAUCGCGCCUUCGAAGGACCGGAACAACAGCAUCGCCUGGAUGAGCAGCUGAAAAGCCUGCAUAUCUCACAACGCCGCAAACGGGAUCUGAACGAGACGGUGGAGGCCGGUGUUGUGCAUAAGAACAAGGAUGGCAAGAACGUGAUUCGGGAGCAUGUUGUCAUUGCUAAGUUUUAAAGCAUGAAUCACUGAUGGGAUUUGGAAGAGGCUGAGAAACGAACUCUGAUCCCCGAAAAUAGGCUCUGCCUUCAUUCGUGCUCUACAUGCCUUCGGCGAAUGUCAUAGUAUGAAAUGGUUCCCAGCCAAUGCAGACCAGGGGCUUGACCCGUGAGACCGUCGUUUGCGCUUUGCGUAUAGUCAUUUCCCCCAUACCUUUCUCCGCAUGACUACUCAAGCUAGUGCUAACCAGGUGCGACACUUGAGAGCCGCUCACUUUCACUUCAACUUC